AUGGAAACCAUCCCUCCCUCGUACGAGAAUGCGACUAUGAGGGACGCAUUGUCCCUCAUUGCGCAUUACAUUCCGUCGGCCGAUCUCUGUGCAGCGUCGCUUGUCUGUCGUCGGUGGCACGCGAUCUUUAUUCCACAUCUCUGGGGAGACCCGGCUUCGCAUUUUGGCACUGAAAAUGAUGCGGUCUAUGUUGCAUUGACCAGGUUUCGACGCACAUUGAAGCUUGCUCGACUUGAAGUCCGCGCCCUCACUCAUACCCUUCACCUACCUCCAGCCCUGUCAGAGAUCUAUGGGGGACCCCGCCCUGAAUGGCUACGCGAUCUUCUAGACUCGCUACCUCGCUUGCAGUCGUUGAUAGUGUCGAAACUGCCAUUUUUCGACCACAAUGCAACCAUCACGCUCAAAGUUCCUUCUGACCCCGAACAAGCAAGCCGUUAUCCCUCUUACAACCUUCGCUUACUCUUGGCGGAGAAGGAGCCAAAUACAACCUCAGUCGGAAUCGCCCAUGCGUUAUUUCGGUUCCCCGCGUUGGUCUACUUGGACUUGUCCUACACCUCACCUGCCAAAGACCGGCUAGUAUUGUCUACACUACGCGGCCUUCCAGAUCUUCAAGUGCUGAAACUACGAGGGAUUGGACUGAAGGAUGGCGAUGCCGAGGUUCUCGCCAACGCAAUUGGUGCCAGAGUUCGAUUUCUGGAUAUACGAAACAAUAAUCUCACCGAUAUGGCUGUCAGAUCGUUGAUGCAAGCAUGCUUCCUGCCGGAAACAGCAGUUCGUGAACAAAUUAGCGCUGCUGCUCGACGUGGCAUCGAUUGUGUAUCAGAAUACACUUCUAAAAUACUUCGGCGCCCUAACUUGGAUAAAAAAUUCCUUGAAUUCCUCACCCAGCCUCUCACCGGCCGUUCUUUAUUCGAGAAUUUACCUCAUGUCGGCAUAACUCAUCUAUACAUAUCUGAUAAUCAGCUUACUAUUGAAGGCGUCGCCGGGUUACUUGCAUCUAAAAGAUUACAUCUUCUUGAUGUCGGUACUGUCGAUACCGCGAGAUUGUUCAGACGUAGCCAAAAUAUUCUCUCGCCGACUGAUCAAAAUAAUAACGUUUACUUAUUCCCUGGAGCCGAGAAACUAACCCCAAUUAUCGGAAUAUAUGCAAAAGCAAAUUUGACUUAUCUCAGGUUGCACCAUGCAGUUGUCACCAAGGAUGCACCCUUCAAAGAUGACAUAUCUUUGUCUGACCUUCUUCCCGAAAUGCCGGCUGAAGAACUAGAGAUCAACCAUUUUUAUACCGAGUUAGAUGGUACUUCCGGGGAGAUUCACGAGUUACCUGGUGACGCCCUAGGUAUACAUGAGUUAGCAGACACUUCCGUAUCACAGCCUGUGCAGCCUCCAAUCUCCACAUCCAUUCACAAACAAUACCCAGAUGAUCCUCUACCCCCACCGCAAGGUUCAGCCUUCGCCCCGGAAGUUGUAGUCGGUUCAUAUACUUCGUCUUCUAACGAGGCUCAAUUUGAUGUCGAUAACAAAGACACACCAAUGUCUUUUGCCACUUUGCGGUCACAAAAAAUACAAGAAUUGCUUGCUAAGCGACCAAGAAACAAAGUUCUUCCUCUUCGACGUGGAGAUGCAGCCUUCAAUUAUCUUCAUCCGUCUCAUAUGCCUCACGUCGAAACUUUGAUCCUGACUGAUGUUCCGUCGCAUGUCCCGGCAAAUUCACCAAUAAUUGCGUCUCUCGUCCGUUUUAUAAUUGCAUGCUCCGAGGAAACUCUGCUGGCUAAGAUUCAAGCCAGGGCAGACUACUCUAUUCCCCCAGGCAAUGACCGGGCAAAAUCAGAGCAACAACGUGCAAAAUCUUUAUUUGCUUUAAAAUGCCUCGUUCUUGAGAUAACCCCUGUGUCUGCUGACACUGAAGCGAAGAAGCCGAGGACUUGGUGGUCACAGCAGUCUGAACAUACAGAUUGGAAAUCAACAACAGGAGAUGUCGACUCUGAGCGGCUAUAUUCAGCAGCUAUGGAAGAUUUUAGCUUUUUCGGAAAUGAAGAGUGCGGGAUUCCAGAUAUUCCUGAACAGGGAAUGGCGAACAGCUUUCCAAUGGCCGUUUUGAACGAGAAGGUGCAUCUCAUUUCCGACGAUGAGUCCAUACAUUCUGGGCUUUCGGAGCUGGAAGCGCCAAACACUUCUCAUGACUUAUCUAGAAAGAGGUCUCCAAACGUUCCAUCACCGCUGGUCUCUCCAGCGCUCUUGUCCCCACCACUUGGGACACUAUCAAUUGACUCCAACGAACCCAAAUCAUCGUCAUCUCCACGCUCUUCAUCCCAUAAUAACGUCCCCGAUCCCCGGAGCGUCCCUGACGAGGAGCCUCGAGUGGAUCUGGUUUUAACACUGGCAAAGUUUAGACGGACAAAGAAGACCGAGUUUGAAGAAGCUCAAAUAGCUGAUAGAAAAAGGUGUAGAGGGAUUCGCAUGGCGGGGCUAUCCUCACCGUUAUCCUCACCAUCAAUUCCAUCACCUCCCUCUACCCCAACUCUCCCUCAAACACUUCCCUUGCAUGUGGAGGGACAUUGGCCGGGCGAGGUAAAAAUAGUAAGGAACGCCCAGCCGAAGGGCAGAAGUGGCGUCGUCGAUAUAUACGGUAAUUACUUUGAAAAGGGCUAUCUCUAUCCCUGA